AUGGGAGCAUCUGCCGUUUGGCUGCUGUUUUCAGCUGCAGUUUUCGCCUACGCCCUCGCCAAACCGAACUCAAGUGGAAAACAAAUGCCACCACAGCAACAAAGCAAGGAACAGCAUCAGCAGCAGCAGCUUCCUGUCGCAACAGCAGCAGCCCCAGGAGCAGCGAAACAACAAGAGGGGCCACAGAACUGCCAGCUGCCAGAAGACGGCUGCGGUGAAGGUGCAAAGGGUCUCAACAAUUCCUCGUCCACGGGCGAGACAACUGCAUUGUUGAGCGACUUCCGAAGCCACGGUAAAAACAGCAGCAGCAGCAGAUGGAAGAUUCCUGAAUUUGCAGCUGGGGCUCCGGAUGUUCGGUCGGCGAUAUUGCAGCGGUUUGGGGUGGUGAUACCUGCAGUGUUGCUGCUACGCCUGGCUGUGCUGCCGCUUUUGUUUUGGCUGGAAGCAGCCCCAGCAAAGCUCCUACCGGUUCUGCGAGCUGCAAUAGCAGCAACUGCAACACCGGGAAUAACAGGAUUAAGAGGAGCGGCGGGAGUAGCUCGUGUUGAAUCACCGUUGCAGCACGAGCAUGUGGCAACAGCUGCCACACUUGCUGUUGGAACCCUCUACACCACGCGCACUCCAGAGACAUACACGCACAAAGCAGCAGCAGCUCGCCUGUUGUGCCUCUUCGAAAGCAGCGGCCUGGCGUUAGGCACAGCGUUAUCCCUAGCGAUUUCACGUCCAAUCGCCCCUCUCUACGGCUGGCAGCACACCGCUGCAACGACAUUAAGUCAUCUCACGUGA